AUGCCUGGAACGGUGGCUGAUGGACCAUCAGUGUCCAUGUCUUGUAAGCGGACAACUCUCUCAAUUGAAAUUACUCCUAACAGUGGAUUAGUUGCCAACAAUUUCUGGGGUAGCCAUGAUGCGGGCCUGCAACCUAUGCUCGAUAGAAUGCACGGAUCGAAGACUACGAACGAUGAAUUGAAAGCGUUUUACUCCGUUCGAGCUGCGAUCGAAGACGAAUAUGCACGCAAACUCCAAGCCCUCUGUCGCAAACCCCUUGGGACGGCGGAGACCGGAUCACUCCGGUUAUCGUUAGACACAGUCCGCGGCGAAACGGAGGCUAUUGCCAAGGCACACUUGGCUAUUGCUGGGCAGAUGAAGAGCGAACUUGAAGAGCCACUGGCGGCUUUUGCUAGUGGUCUCAAGGAGCGCCGGAAGAUCAUCCAAAAUGGCAUUGAACGCCUGCAUAAAAUCAAGGUCCAGCAAACGCAGGUCGUUAACAAGACUCGAGAUCGGUUUGAGCAAGAUUGUCUUCGCAUCAAGGGAUACUUGGCUCAAGGACAUAUGGUUAUGGGACAGGAAGAGCGUAAGAACAAGGCCAAGCUUGAAAAGACCCAGAUCCAACGAGCUGCCAAUAGCCAGGAGUAUGAAGCGGCGGUGAAGACACUCGAAGAAACCACUGGCCGAUGGAAUAAGGAGUGGAAGUCUGCUUGCGACAAGUUCCAGGAUCUUGAGGAGGAGAGAAUCGAUUUUACUAAGAGCAGUCUUUGGACUUACGCAAACAUUGCAUCCACUGUUUGUGUCAGCGACGAUGCAUCUUGCGAAAAGAUCCGACUUGCACUGGAAGAAUGUGAGGUUGAGAAGGAUAUCGUCUUCUUCAUCAAACACCACGGAACGGGGCAGGAAAUUCCCGACCCCCCUCGCUUCAUCAACUUCAGCAAAGAAGAUGCCGACGACGAUUCUGACAUGGACGGGGGUGAAGGCUACUCACCAUCAACUUUCGAAUCUCAUCAUGAUCCUCAGUCUGAUCUUGCCGCCCAGAUGGGCCACCCAGCACCGGCACAAGCCUCUGCUCCUGCACCUGUGGCUGCCCCAGCACCUAUGCCAGCUCCAGGUGCAGCUCCUGCGCCCGCGGCUGCGCCUCCAGCUAUGCCAGCUGCAGCACCUGCCCCGGUCCCUAUGCAGAACCAUGCUCAGCAUCCCGCGCCCUUGGACCUUCGCCGAGGUGGCUAUCUGCCACCCAACUAUGAUCCUGAGCAGCAUGGAGAGAUCAACAAGGUUCCGCACAACGCAUACCCAACUGACGGUAUGACAAUGUUCUGCCGCGCCGGUCCUCCUUCAGACAGAAGCUCGGCCCUGAGCCAGUAUCGGCCAUCCAGCCGAGACUCCGCAAGCGACGUAUCGAACCCUGCUUCCAUGUCCAGCGUGGAGCCACCGGGACCUACCCAAGCACCCGUAGCUGCGAAACAAGCACCUCCCCAGCCUGGGCCCAUGAGCAAUGUACCCGUCCCUGUCUCCCAGGAAGACAAGCAGGUUUCACCCAAGAAAAAGACUGCGUUCUUCAGCAACAGCCCUUUCCGACGCAAGAGCCGCCACGACAAGGAUCGACCAGCUAUUGGCAAUCAGUCCCCCUCCCGUAGCCCGUGGAAUUCGCCAUCGAAGCACACCAGCCCAACCAAGGCUUCCGCGCCAGGCACUCAGCCUGAUCGUGCCGUGAGCCCUGAGCCUGUUGAUCCGCGGGCCAAUUUCCAGUUGAAUGUUGGGAACAACGUCUUUGAUGUGGCAUCUCCGGAGAAAAAAGAUCCCAAGUCAGCAUCUCAAGGGUCGAAGGGCGAUGGUGACGAUGUGGAUCCUAUUGCUCGAGCCCUAGCCGAUUUGAAGACGAGCGGCAAGCAAGCCAGCGUGCGUGUUUCCGCUGACCGAUACCAUGGAAUUCACUCACCAACUCCUUCCGCCCAGUCCUCUGCAUACGGUGGAAGUUCUGCAGCCGCUCCUCCGGCUUACAAUGAUCCAUCGGCUAAGCGACUUGAUGCGCCGGAGCCUGCUUUCACCGCCAAGCAGAUGCAGAAGACGACCCAGCGUUACACCGGUCAGACCCAGAGCAUGCUUCGGGGCAAUCAGAACCCAGCUCCCAUGGCCCAGGAAGUCCCGCGCGCUCGUUCCCCAGUUCCCCGCCGCAGCGCUAGCCCCCAGGUCUCUUCCCGUGUCGACAGUCCCGCUACAGCCAGUCCCCAACGCCUCGUCGUGCGCAAGAACCCCCUUAUUCCCCCAAAUGACUACGCGCAACGAACCUCGCCAGCCGCUACCCACCGUGCUGUCUCUCCUCAGCCCCAGUUCCGCCAACAGGCUCGUCCAUCUAGUGCUGGUGGAAUGGAAUUGCAGCUGAGCGGUGGCCCUGACAUGUACGGUGGUAGCCAGUAUGGCUCUUCGCCUCGACGCGAUGGUCGUCCUAUGUCUCACUAUGGCGAUGGCGGUAGCGUUGGUGGAGGCAGCGGCGGCGGUGGGCCCCCUAUUGGCCGUUCCCGAAGCCGUACUCUUGCUGUUGCUGAGCCUGGUCGACGAUUCAGUCGCGAUGGCCGCCCAAUCCUUCAUUUCGCUCGUGCCAUGUACAGCUACAGCGCCGCCAUUCCUGAGGAACUCGGCUUUACGAAGGGCGAUGUUCUGGCUGUAAUCCGCCUUCAAGACGACGGAUGGUGGGAGGCUGAAGUCACCAACUCUCGUGGUCACCCUGGCCUGGUGCCAAGCAACUACCUCCAGAUCAUCUAG